AUGAGAAGUACCUUUCCACAAUUGUAUCUGAAUUGAGGGGCAAGAUGAGCGCUUGGAAGCUGCCUUUUACCAUCGUCCUGAUGGUUUCCAGUGUAACAGUUUAUAACACAUUUGCCGGACGCAUCCCUAAGGAGAUCAGGGACAAGAGAUCACAAGUAAUGAAUUGUCAAGAGACGGUGCUUUCACGCAAUCCAUGUGAAAAGGUAACAUGCCCAAAUGGACAUAAAGGAAGACACGAAAUGCUAUUUUAUGAAUGUCCUGGAAUUCCAGAGCUUUGCCCGCUGAGUGUCAAGAACAACAGUGCAACGUGCUGCCCUGAAAAAUGCGUUUGUAGCAAUGGCGAAGAAAUGUUUCGACCUGGAGAUAAAUUUAUGGCUGAAAAGGAUGGCAAACAUUUGGAAUGCAAGUGUGGAAUGGACGAAGUGCCAAACUGUCAAGAAGUCCUUAUUGUUCCUCCAAAGGAGCCACCCAGGCCCCCACCAAUGUUUCCUCCACCCGGAAUGUUUCCGCCGCAAAGAGACACUGUAAGUAACAGCCUGGAAACGUAGUUGCAAAAAUCUAAA